GACAGAGGGACAUUGGCAGCACUGACGAUGCUCCUUUCCAGAUGGUAUCUCCGGUGAUUAAUACGCGACUAGCGUGCAUACCACAGAGAGGAGGAGCUUUUUAAACGGCCCGUCUCGCGCAGCGUGUGAAAUGAGCAUUCCCUGAGUCGCGACAAUCCAAAAAGUGAUUAGAAAGAAAUAAUACGAGCACUAACUUGCGUUAAGAAACCACAUCAUGACGGAGUACAAGCUCGUGGUAGUUGGGGCUGGAGGUGUUGGAAAAUCAGCACUUACCAUCCAGCUGAUACAGAAUCAUUUUGUCGACGAGUAUGACCCUACCAUUGAAGACUCAUAUCGAAAACAAGUGGUGAUCGAUGGUGAAACGUGCCUUCUAGAUAUAUUAGAUACAGCUGGACAAGAGGAAUAUAGUGCAAUGAGAGAUCAGUAUAUGAGAACGGGGGAGGGAUUCUUGUUAGUGUUUGCCGUGAACUCGGCGAAAAGUUUUGAGGACAUUGGGACGUAUAGGGAACAAAUUAAAAGAGUGAAGGAUGCGGAAGAAGUACCGAUGGUGCUAGUGGGAAAUAAAUGCGAUCUUCAACAGUCUUGGGCGGUAAAUAUGACUCAAGCGAGAGAAGUCGCGCGACAAUACGGCGUGCCAUUUGUGGAAACUUCUGCGAAAACGAGAAUGGGUGUGGACGAUGCAUUUUAUACCUUGGUCAGAGAAAUACGGAAAGAUAAAGAGCGCACAGGUAAACCACCUGGCAGUAGUGGGCACAAGAAACGCCGAUGCCGUAUUUUAUAAGUCUUUGGAUAACACCAAUAUAUACUUUUACUCGACUACUACAACGCAGAAAUAGGAUAUAAAAAGCCUUACAUUAUGUUGACAGUGCACAAAACAUUUACAGCUUAUUCGAUAGAAAUAUUGUAAUGAAUUACAAGCACAAUUUUUUCUAUACAUUGAGAGAGAAGAACAAAUUACCUAAUAGUACAUUUUUACUAAUGGGCUUAUGUUGCAUAUAGGAAAAGUUUACUUGGCAGCUUGCCAUGCAAUUCCAUUACUGAAGCGUCUUAACCCUUGAUUGAAUAAAAGAAAGAUAAUGAUUUUUUUUAAUUACAUAUAUUUGAAUACGUUGGCACAAAAAGACAUUGAAUUAUAUAUAUAUGCUUAUAUAUAAAUGCAAAAUUACAGUUCGUAAAUAUUACACCAAAUACACUGAUAUUUAUAUGGACGAGUGUUGGGUCGUGUCGUCUCUAUAAUAUGCAGAAAAUUUAUUACAAGAGAUGGAGAUAAUGAAACAUGUGGCAUGAAAUGUGACAUGUAUAUAUCACAAGUGUUUACUUUAUAUCUUAUAAAUAUUUAGUUGAUAUAUUAUGCUAUAUCAAUCACGUGUCGCACUAAUGGAUUUUAAUCAAACAGCAAUAUUAUAUCUUAGUAAAAUAAAAUUUUAUCGAUAUACGAAUUAUUUUAUAACUUGUGAAUUAAGUUUUGUAUUAUUGCCAUUUUGUACAUGAAAUACUUGCCAAGAAACUAAAAUUAUCAUUCUAAAGAAGAAAAAAAAGUUCUGAAUCACAGAAAGGAUAUCACAAACUUAAUUCAUUAUGUGCUGUGAUUAGAUAUUCUUAAGUACAUAAAGUUAGUUAAGUGUACUGUGAUUAAGUCUGCAAUUUUUAAGUAGGACUUAAUUUGGUAGUUAUAUAAUAUAGGAGAAGAAAGGAAGAGUACACGACAUAACUGUAUUCUCUAUUUAAGCAAUUCGUUCUUUUUUUGUACCAUUUGGAUAUAGAUAUAAUCAGACGAGCAUUGUAUAACUAUAUACCAAAAUAAACUUGCAUGCCGAUUAAAUUUGGAGACAGGAGAACAUCGCUUUCCUGUAUUAAGUUUUCGUGCUACUAACAUAUUAUUAACCAAAGGCUUAAUAUGUAACUAUACAUUUAUUACAUAGAGAUAGUAAAUUUAUCAUAAGAAAGCUAUAUUUCUGCUAAUAUAUGUUUAUAAAUUUAUCUUUCUCUACAGUUUAUAUGAGAGUUUAUGAGGUAUACUUAAAACUACUAUCAUCUCUUCUCUCCUAAAUUUUAAGAAGAAGCGUAAGCUAGAUACUGUUAUUAAGAAUUAAGAUAGUAACAAUAUCUUACGUUUCUACUUUACUAAUCAUUUACUACUUCACUAUAACAUAGCAUACGUUCAUACAAAUAUAAUAGAAUAAAUGUAUAUGUACAUAUGUAUAAUUUAUUCUAUUAUACUUUUAUAAAUAUAUACAUAUAUAUAAUAAAUCAUGAUUUAUCACGAUAUACUCAUAGUCGAAUAAAAUUAUUAUAAAUGAUGAACAUAACAUGGUACUCAAGUGAAUUGAGUAUUUUUUUCUGACAAUAAAAUAAUUUCGAUACAAUGAAUUUAUCUUUCAAUCAACGUACAACGUAAAAUAUUGACGACUAGAUUCUACAAUAUAUGUUGGAAGAGCAAUCAAGGGUUAAAUCCUUCAAACAAUGCAAACGAUACAAUUUCCAGUCUCUAAUGCGCGUACAUGUAGUAUUUUCUAAUAUUAAUGUUUUCAACUAAAGUGAAAAUGUAUGUGUAUAUAUAAAUAUACACGGAAUAGAUAUCAUUUUUUUACAUAAUUCAAUUUCAUAAUAAAACUUUAUAUAAAACCUGUUUGUUACAAUGCAUUCACUUGUCGAAUGCUUGCCUAUGAAAUCGUUAUAGCUCCAUAACGUAAUAGCAUCCAUGCUAUUUUACUUUUCUAAUAACUAUUAAAGUCUUCAUACUCGUUAAUAAUUUUUUUUAACAACAAUUCGUCAUUGACAAAAGUUCUUUAGAUAGGAAUAAGUCAUACAUCAAUAAUAUCAUUCAAAUAAUAUCAUAUUCACGUUUCAGCUAUUAUAAUCGAAAUUCGUAGAUGACGAAAAUUUUAUGUAAAAUUUGAUCAAUGUCAAUUUUGCCUGUAUUUGUUCAAGUUCUUCAAAUGUAUUAAAAUACAUAUAUAAACUUGUAUUUAAUAUAUCUCAUCUUAUCCAAUAAAUACGAUAUCAAAAUGUUCACAAAAA